AUGCGUUUCUCCAUCAUCGCCGCAACUCUAUUCGCAACCAUUGCCGUAGCGAUGCCAAAUCUCCCACGAGGCUACACUGGUUCCUGCUCCAGGGACAACUGCGGCGGCAAAGCAUGUACCGGGGGCUCCAUUUGUGUUUCAUGGCCCAGCUCCAACGCAGAUACAAGGAAGGGCUGUGUAUGCAGCAGUGGUUAA